CGCAGAUCAGACAAGUAAAUAGAGUCUUAAAGUGAAACGCUUCGGCUCAAUACGAAAAAAGAUAUAAUCGUUUUUACAAAAGUUGUUUUGCUAUCUAUUCUAAUACAGCUGUAACUGCUAAUGAAAAUGUUCUUAUCUUAUGUAUAUCAUUGAAUAGAAUGGAAGUAUCAACGAGUGAUAGAAAUUUCACAUUUACGUGGAGAAUAAAAAAUUUUAGUUUCCUCUGGUAUCGAGAACAUCAAUUUCUAAAAUGGAUUUUCGAUUUGACAGGAAAUAAUAACACUUCAUGGUCAUUAUUAUUUUAUCCAUCAACUCCUAAAAAUUGUGUUUCUUGUAUUCUUCGGAAAGAAAGUCGAGAAUUAUUCGAUUUUUUAGUGGAUUACGAACUUAGUUUCCUUCAAAAAGAUGGAUCUCCUCUGCACUCAAUAAAGGUUUCCAAUGUAGAUUUUAAUCAUAAAAACAGAAGUGUACCAAUAUGGUUGCACCAUGAUGAUCUCUUGGAGAAUAAGGAAUCUUCUUUACCAGAUGACACUCUAAGAAUUUGCUGCAGAAUAUGGACAACUGAUACCUCGAGACUGGAGAUGGUAAAAUACUUAGGUGGAACUGAAAUAAAAGUACAACGAUGCUCAUUAACUUGGGAUAUUGUUGCAUUUAGCGGUCUCAAGCCUGGCAGACAGAGAACAGAGUUUGUAAAAAAUACAUUAACAGGAAAACCAUGCAUUUCUUUUGGGCUUUUCUUGGAUAAAUUAAACAAUUACAUUUUUGAAAUUUUUGUAUUGGAUCCAAAGUUGGUGGAACACUUUAAAUGUCAGAUUUUUCUCGUAGAUGUUUCAGGAAGAAAAUUAAAAUGUGGAAGAUUCGAAGUGGUUACAGUUGGUAAAACAACUGAUCCAGAUUGGAAAUUUCAGUUAUCUCUUACCAAAAGAAACCUCAUGGAGAAUAAAGAACUUUAUUUACGGAAUGACACCCUCACUUUACUGUGUGAAAUCGCAUUUGCUACAGGAAUUGAAGCAGAACCGAUCCAAAAGCUCGAAUCUGAUUUUCAGGAUAUUCAUAAUAUAUCCUGUAAUGAAAAAAUAGAAAAUAUUUCUGGAUCUCUUAAAAAUUAUUCUAAGUCACUUGCAGAUCGAAAGUAUGAUCAGCAAUCGUCUGAUGAUCCCGGUUCUGUGAAAGAGGAGUUGGUGUCUUUAGAUCAUACAGAGAAUAAUUCAACAACAUCUUUAAAAUUCAAUGACAAUUUUAACUCUUUACAUACUUGGAAUGAUGACUUGUUACUCUUGUAUGAAAAAGGCACGUUUUGUGAUGCAGAACUACUGGUAGAAUCCACAUGUUUUCCAGUUCACAGCCUUAUUCUGAGUAUAAGAUCUUCUGUGUUCUGUGACAUGUUCACACGUGCCAAGUGUGAGGGUAAAAGUAUGAGCAUAAACAUAAAAGAUCUAGAUGCAGAAACUAUAAGGAAAAUGAUACUUUUCCUUUACACGGACACAUUAGAAAAUUUAGAAUGGGAAUGUGCCAAAGGUCUGUACAUGGCUUCAAAUAAAUACAAAAUUCUUUCUCUAAAGGACAUUUCUUCGUCUUUUUUGAAACAGAAUCUGUCCCCUUUAAACUGCUGCGAAAUUCUUCUUUUAGCAGACAGACAUGAAGAUGAAGAUUUAAAGCAAGCCGUCCAGUAUUUCAUCGCGAAACAAGAUAUAGAAAUCCUGAACUCUGAAAAAUGGAGAUCUUUAGAAGAGUAUCAUCCCCAGCUGACAAUAGAAACAUUUCGUUCUAUACAUCUGAAAUUCAGAAAGAAUUAAAUAUCUUCUGUUUCGGACUCUUGCUCUAUUUAGCAGAAAUUGAUCAGAAAUAAGAAAUUUUGUGAAAUUGUGUAGAAAAUUAUGUUUUAAUUUCUUUACAUGAAGUUAAAGAAAGCUGUGAUUUUAAAUAAUGUUCAUUUCUAUGUUAUUUAUAAUGCUAUAAGUCGCUUGUGUAAAUUUCACAAAUAAUAAAAUA